AAAAAUAUUUCACUCUUAAAAAAAAAACUAAAAUAAUCCAAGCUUCAUUAUCGCGAUGUAUAAAGAAUCUAUUCGAGCAUAUCAGGAUGGUAACAAUCAUCUAUUUUGCACCGAAGCCUCAGCUGGAGUAAAGAGUGAUUCGUUUGGCGCAUCCGCAGAAGCAAAAUAUGGUACUUCAGCAUACAGAUACUGUGAUGAUGUAGGAGAUCUUAAACUUUUAAGUGCAGGACUUGGAGCAAAAGCUGCAGCAAAUGCUAUUGAUGGCCUCAAAGCUAAAGUUGAAGCACGUUAUGAUUUGGUAGAUCUUGAAGUAGGAGGCCUUAAAUCAAAAAUUGGUCUCAGUGCUGACACUGGUGGAUCAAUUGGCUCCAAUGGCGUAGAGGCUAAGGUUGCAGGUAUUGGUUUUAAACUUGGUAAAGAAAUAGGUGUUAGUCUUCCCUUUGGAGAAAUUUCAUUUGAUUUGGGAAAAUUGUUUUAAUAGUUUCACUUAUUUUAAAAUUUACUGUAACUUGUCAUAUUUUACCUGUAAUAUUUUGAUAUUAUUUUUUAUUGUUCUGUAAAAUUUUUUAUUUUACUUUUAUAUUUGUUAUUUUACUUUGUUAUUAAUAAAGACAAGUUUCAAUAUUAUCAUAUUAUUAUAAAAAAAUUUACUUAUCAUAAAUAAAUAAUUUUAUGGCGCAGUUUUUUCAUUCAUGAUAAAUUUGUUUAUUCUGCCCAAGACAUGAUAUAAUAUAAAUUGAAUAUUAUGCUUUUAAUUCACUGAUUGA